CUCUCCCGGUGAAGGGGAGCGAGGGAGAGGCAGGAAGGAGGUGGGGGCGCCCGCGGGCGGAGCCGAGACCCGGGGGCGCUGCCCGGGGAGCGGCGGCGGGACGGGAACGCGGCAGCCGCCGCCGGGUGAGCGGAACAGACCGUGUCAGCAGAGUUGGCACUUAUGCCUGGAGUAGCAGAUUGCACUAAACCCACUGCAUAAACGGACAUCGCUGUCUUGAUCUGCAGCUGCUGAGAGGAGUCUGCUGCGUUAUAUCUGGUAUAGCUGCAAGUAUGACUUGAGUGAUUUGCAUUCAUGGCUCUUGGAUGAUCUGGUGAACCAUGGAGCUCAAAGUAUGGGUGGAUGGAGUCCAGAGAAUUGUGUGUGGGGUCACCGAAGUCACAACAUGCCAGGAAGUUGUAAUAGCCCUUGCUCAGGCUAUUGGUCGCACCGGGCGCUACACGCUGAUCGAGAAGUGGCGGGACACGGAGCGGCACCUGGCGCCGCACGAGAACCCCAUUGUGUCGCUGAACAAGUGGGGUCAGUACGCGAGCGACGUGCAGCUGAUCCUGCGCCGCACCGGCCCCUCUCUGAGCGAGAGGCCGACGUCGGACAGCGUGGCUCGCGUCCCGGAGAGGACUCUGUACCGGCAGAGCUUGCCGCCCCUCGCCAAGCUGAGACCUCCCGGCGACAGGUCCAUGAAGAGGAGGGAACCCAAGAGGAAGUCCCUCACCUUCACUGGAGGGGCCAAAGGGUUGAUGGACAUCUUUGGAAAAAGCAAGGAAUCCGAAUUCAAGCAAAAGGUGCUCAACAACUGCAAAACAACGGCGGACGAGUUGAAGAAGUUGAUCCACCUUCAGACAGAGAAACUUCAGUGCAUUGAGAAGCAGCUGGAGUCCAACGAAGCGGAGAUCCGCUACUGGGAACAAAAAUAUAACUCCAGCCUGGAAGAAGAGAUCCUCAAGCUGGAGCAGAAGAUCAAAAGGAACGAAGUGGAGAUUGAAGAGGAAGAGUUUUGGGAAAACGAGCUGCAGAUUGAACAGGAGAAUGAAAAACAGCUGAAGGAGCAGCUGCAGGAGAUGAGGCAGAGGAUCCUGGAGUGUGAGAGCAAGCUGAAGGACUACAUGUCUCAGAUCCACAACAUGGAAAGUGGUCUUGAAGCAGAGAAGUUGCAACGGGAAGUUCAAGAGUCCCAAGUGAACGAAGAAGAGGUCAAGGAAAAGAUCGAGAAAGUGAAGGGUGAAAUUGAUAUUCAGGGCCAGCAGAGUCUGAGACUAGAAAAUGGCAUUAAAGCUGUGGAAAGGUCUUUGGGCCAAGCUACCAAGCGGUUACAGGACAGGGAACAAGAACUGGAGCAACUGACAAAGGAACUGCGACAGGUCAAUCUACAACAGUUCAUCCAGCAAACGGGAACAAAGGUCACAGUGCUGCCAGCAGACCCCGUUGAGAUGGAGGCCCCACAUGUGGAGCUCGAGAGAGAGCCAACAUUUCAGUCUGGGUCACUGAAGCGCCCCGGCUCAUCCAGGCAACUCCCCAGUAACCUUCGGAUUCUACAGAACCCCCUGUCAUCUGGUUUUAACCCGGAGGGCAUUUAUGUAUGACAGUACAUACCUCUUCUGGAGAGGACCUAGCAAGGUACUCUGGACAAGAUACACUUUUGUUUUAUUCUGCCAAUGAUGAAUGGAAGAAGGUGGUUUGCUUGUUUGUUUGUUUUUUAAGGCACCAUAUAUUUUUUUCUUCUUCCUCUGACACACCACUUGGAGCCAUACCCUGUGCACUGAUGCUAAAGAGACAGAAGAACUGUCUCGAUUCAUAAUUGACAAGGAUGAACUUACUAUCAACACAGCUAGAGUGCAAAAACCUUCCUUUGUUUUUGUCACUUCAGAAGCAUUUGAGGAAGUAUUGUUCCAUGUAUAGGCAUAAAUGAAAGACUGAGGGUGAAGGAAACCAUGUAUGCAACUUACCUGAGGUUUAAUUUAUUCCCUUUAAUCAAUGGACGCGUGAAUGUUGAUCUUUUUUAUUUUUAUUUUUAACUUGUGGGUAAUCAUGUAUGGCUGUAUGUCAGUCUGACAAGGUGGCUUUAAUUUGCGUGUACAACCAUCCACCAUCUGAUCAAGAACAAUGACUUGCAAUGCAGAGUUCUGUGGAGUGCUGAACCAUUAAAACGGUUUCUCACCACUGACUUGAUUAAUUUCUGUUGUGGGUAUUAAGGUGUCAUGUUACAUCAAUUGCUACCUUUUAAGGCUUGAAAAGUGAGCUUGUGGGAUUUACUUGCUGUUGAAUCUGCCUUGAAUGAAGCACCUAGUGUUCAAAAGAUUUAUGGAAUUUAAACCUUGGCUUGGUAAAAAUUUCCAGCAUAUGAUUGAGGAUGCACUAGUUAGAUGAUAUUUUAUUAUAUAGAAUGUAUAUUUGAAAUAUUUUGCCACAUUGUAUAUGCCUUUUGAGAAAAGAACAAUGUAAGAAGUUAUCUUCAUAUAUCUUACCAAAAGAGAGUAGGAGGCUUUCACUGUGUGUCAUUUUAUACUUUGUUUUUUCCACUAGUCAUUACAGUGUUGUUUUGUGAUGAAUCUUGCUGUUAGAGGAGGAAAAAAAAAAAAUUUUUGGAAAACAAAUGAGCAUCCUCUUCCAGCCUUCCAGAAUUCACUCAAGUUGUGUGGAGGGAAGAAACCAGGCAGAGAGUCUCAUCAAGUCAAUAGCAGAGCUUCUACUGACUUGAGUGCUGCUGGGAUUUCAUUCCAGGUCCCCAGUAUUAAAUGGUAGACCUUUAGCCACUUUGAAAGACAUAUUGCUGCUCACUUACAGAAUAUAAAGCUUACAAACAGGAAAUUCACACACUUAGUAGUCAAAAAAUGGGAAGAGAGAACGUUACCGUAUGUUGAUGUCAGUCUAAUGCAAUCAGAGCUAAGCAAAGGUCAGACAAAAAGGCUUCCAUGGAGAAAGUAAGACACUGUGUUCGUUACAGGUCUUGAAAUUAGAUCACUAAAGUGGACAAGUUUGUAGGUGUCCGCAUCAGUGGGACACCUUGUGUGCGUUAGGAGGCUGGCCUCAAGGGUGAGUUAGAGAAGGAAUGGGCCUUACCUAGCUGCAUUUGGAUUUCCUGUUUGAACAGCAACUCAUACAAUCAGCCCCCGCCCUUGAGAUCCCUUUGACACAAGAGGGGGUCACUGUGCUUUCACUGCAGUAUUGGAUACCAGGACUCCAGUCAGUGGCAUAAUGACACAACUCCUGAAGUCUUCGGUAGCAUCAGGAUUUUACCACUGGUAGGAAACUCCAAGCUUAUUGCCACAGAAAAUACUUAAAAUUCUUAACUCCUAGCAUCCUAUUGUGUUGUUUUACUGAUGUGCAGACAAAUGUUAAUUUAAACUUCCUUUUUUAAAAAAGGCUGUUCCUGGCAAAUGGAAGAUUUAUAAGAUAUAGUAGAAUAUGAAGGACUCUUGAGUGUUUAAUGCAUUUUUUCCCCUUUCCACUUAUUAGUGGCAUCAUAUAUUCUCCAAAUGCUGCUGUAUCUAGACUAACAGCAACAGAUAAGGCUGUGAAUAUAUAAAUGACCUUUCCAAAUGGAUUCUGAAUUUUUACUGUUUACUCAUCAGGUCUCUUUUACUUUUUUCCCCCUUUGUGAGCAAACUGGAAAAGGAAAUGUUCCUACUUGAGGAAUGUUUGCAGUGCUCACAGAUUUUACUGUUAGUUUAUCACAAUUCUGUGCUCAUGUUUACUGUGCCCGUAACUUUGUAUUAAAAAAUAAAGAAUGUGUAUAUAUACAUAUAUAUAUAUUUAAAAAAGUGUAAAAUAUACAUAGUUUGGGGACAAUAUCUGUCCAAGGUACUUGAGCAUCUAUGCCUUACAUUCUGGGUUCAAUUUACAGAAAUAAAAUGGCCCUCUCCAGUGGAUAUCUUGCAUUUUCAGCACCUCCUGAUGUUAGAAAACUGAGGCACUCGGCACCUUGCAAAGUCUGGCCCAAAUUAUGCUGCAUGGAGGUGGGGGGAAACACAAGGGAAAGCCUGUUGCAAUUUCAGUCUUGUACUGAGACAAAACAUUUUCAAUGCAGAUCAACUUACUUACCCAGCUAAUGUUUUUGUCAUGCUUUGUAACUAGUCCAUCUCCCAGAGAUGUCAGUUUGAGCUGAACUGUGCUCUUGCAUCAUAAAAACCGCUCUCUUUCUCUGCCAGGUUAUUUAAGAUGGAGAGAAAAGGAAAAGGAUUAAAAGGAAGGGGAAGAGCAGCUUUGGAGGGCUUGAGUUAUGGCUUUCUAAUAGAAUCAAGGAAGGAAUUUGCCAGUUUAAAAAGUAGCAUCUGCUGAAUGCAGCGGCAGUUAGACAGAAGGGCCAGCCUGGAGCUGGCUCAGGAGUGGCCACCAUGGCUGAGUGGGCCCUCCUUGUCAGAGCUUUAGCAACUGUCAAGGUGAUCUAGAAAACAUUCACAGCUUCACCUACUAUUGUUGCAAAGGAGAGGCUUUGGUAUCCAAACCAUUUGGGAAACCCAACAAACUCCCCUGCCUCCACUAUACUUACUCAGAAAAAUAUUCAGUUUCACCCCGGACAAUGUUCUGUAGCGUUUUCACCCUCUCUGUAAAUAAACAACAACAAAAAAAAAUGGCAUGCCCUUGCAUUAAAUGUGAAUUGAACAACGUACUACAGUUAUAGGAAUUCCUCACAUUAUGGCGUUAAGCAUUUUGCUUCUAAUCAACUGCAGAACCUCACUCUUCACAGAUGUAGAAAAGAAAUUUUCAGAAGUCUUUCAAACCUAUUUAGAGGGCAUUAGCAGAAAGGAAGCUACACAUACUGUUUUUAACAAGUGCCAUAUUAUUUGCUGGCCAGCAUGAUAAAAAUGGGGGGGGGGGGGGGUUGCUUGCAUUAAAUAUUUGAAUACACAAGCACUAUUUUCCAGUGCACAGGGAAUUUAUAUGGAGAACUCCCGUAACUAAUGAAGAUUAACUGGUUUACCUCUCUCAUCCAUGAGGAUACAGUUUAUUUUUGCUGGUGAUACUAUGUUGUUAGGGGAAAAGGGGAGGUGGGUUUGACUGCUUGAAAAGCCAGUAGGUUAAGGCUAAGGUAAACAUUCUGAAUGCCUCAGCAAUGGAGAAGCCCAAGUCCCACUCUGAAAAGUCAGCUAGGAACCUGCCUCCCGUUAUCUUUUAGUGGGACUUAGGUUCCCAAGUGCCUGAAUUGCUUCUGGAAAUGGUAUAUUAUCUUUGAGAUUACUCGCUUUUCUAAACACUAGCAAGUUGGAAAGAAGUUCUUAAAGAAGAGAACUACCACUAGCAUUAGCAAUACACAACAUGAUUUUGUUGUGAGGUAAGAGGGGAAAAAUCCUUUAGUGGAAUAAAAAUCUCCUCUUGGGGCAAUAAUUGCCUUGGUUUUAGCAUGAAGAGGAACUGGGAUCACAUGAGUAUGAAGAAAAAAAAAUUGGUCUUGCAAUUUUCAGUGAGUUGUCUUGAAGCAUAUAAAUUCCUGAUGUGCAUUAACUUGAGUGAAUUGGGCCUUAAUGAUCCAUGUAAAUAACAAAACUGUAUUCGGAUAUUUUUUCCAGAAAAUAGUCUUUAAUGGUCUGUACUGUAUCAAAAUAAGUGUCAAAGUGUUACUUUUAUAUUACUUUUUUUUGGGUUUUGUUUGUUUUUGUUUUUGGUUUUUUUUUUUUUUAGAACAUUGAAACAUGCAUGUUUAUUCUAUUUGCUACAGUAUUUUAUGUUUUGGAUGAAGGCCAUCAGUUGUAUGGAGAUGACAAAACAAUCAUUCUGUCUAUUUAUUCAGUAUUGCUGCUCAAAAUUUUCAAAAUAAAGCUUUCAAUGCCAAUAUAGUGACUGAUUGAAAGCUGUUCUAGCUCUCUUCAAAUGUUUCUUUCUAUGUUUAUAGAAAACUAAAUAAGUGAAACUUGGUAUAUAAACUGCUAUACCAGCAAAGAAUUAUUGCAAUAAUAUUGUUGGGAGGGCUUGUGGGUAGGCGUGUGUAGUAUGUACAUAGAUGUAUGCAUGCACUGAAUGUGUUUAGGUCUUGAGUAAAUGGAGUGCCAAAGAAUGUUUGAAUCCUGUGUGGUUUUGCAAGCAACUUACACCUACAAUCAAAUACUGGUUAGUGCUUCAUACCACUGUGCAGUGCUUGUAUGGAGCAGAAGAAGCA